AAUAAAUUAAAAAAAGAAAGAAAAGAAAAAACAAAAAAGAAAGAGAAAAGAGAAAAGAGAGAGAAAGAGAGAAUAUGGUGGGCUUUGAGCUGUGAUUUAGCUGUCUUUUUGAAAGUAUAAUUUUUCUCACACUCACACAUCUCCAAAAUCCCUAGAAAAAACCCCAUUGCCCUCCAAACCAUUUUCUCUCUCCUCAAGCCCCAACCCAAACACAAUCUCUCUCCUUCCUCCCUCUCUCUCUCUCUCUCUCUCUCUCUCUCUCUCAUAUUGAUUUUGCUCGUCUAGAUCUCAUCAAAGGUGGGAGGAACAUUUCUUUUUUUUCUGCAAAAACCCAUUUUGUAUAUUAUCAAUCAGGCUUUGAGAAAGUGGGGGAGUUGAAAGAAACACCAACAAAAAAAAGUGGCAUUUAGAGCAUCAGAUGUCGCAUGUGAGAUGAAGAAGAAGACCCAUUUUAACGCCCAUUUUGGUACUACCUCACUUGCCAUUGCUUUGUUCUUCCUCGGCACAGCUCUGUGUGUCUGUGCCUCCGAGAAAGAACCCUUUAUCGGCCAUGGAAGUCUCACCGACGUCGAAGCCUCUUACAUCAAGCAGCGACAGCUUCUGUACUACAGGGAUGAGUUUGGUGACAGGGGAGAGAAUGUGACCGUUGACCCUUCUCUGGUUUUCGAGAACGACAGGAUCAGAAAUGCUUAUAUAGCAUUGCAAGCUUGGAAACAAGCUAUUCUUUCCGAUCCUCGCAAUCUUACCCUCGACUGGGUUGGAUCUAAUGUCUGCAACUACACUGGGGUUUUCUGUGCUCCAGCACUUGACAACCCGAAGAUCCGAACAGUCGCGGGUAUUGAUCUCAACCACGGCGACAUUGCCGGCUACCUACCGGAAGAGCUUGGGCUACUUGUGGAUCUUGCAUUGUUUCACAUAAACACCAACAGGUUCUGUGGAACUGUGCCCCGCAAGUUCAAGAACCUGAAGCUGCUGUUUGAGUUGGAUCUCAGUAACAACCGCUUUGCUGGGAAGUUCCCGGAAGUUGUUCUUCAUCUUCCAACGCUCAAGUUCUUGGAUCUGAGGUUCAAUGAGUUUGAAGGGACUGUACCCAAAGAGCUGUUCGACAAGCCUUUGGACGCGAUAUUCAUCAACCACAAUCGCUUCGUGUUCGAUCUGCCGGACAAUUUCGGGAACUCGCCGGUGUCGGUCAUCGUUCUUGCCAACAACAAAUUCCAUGGGUGUGUACCUUCGAGCCUCGGAAACAUGUCGAAUCUGAACGAGAUUAUCAUGAUGAACAAUAAUUUCCGAUCAUGUUUGCCGCCUGAGAUUGGGUUGCUGAAGAAUCUGACAGUGUUCGAUGUGAGCUUCAACGAGUUGCUGGGUCCACUGCCCGACACAUUUGGAGGGUUGGUGAGCUUGGAGCAGCUCAAUGUGGCGCAUAACAUGCUGUCCGGGACCAUCCCUGCAAGCAUAUGUUCGCUGCCCAAUCUGCAGAACUUCACUUUCUCUUACAACUUCUUCACCGGCGAGCCUCCGGUUUGCUUCACCCUUAAGAGCUUCGAUGAUCGGAGGAAUUGCUUGCGGGCGAGGCCGUUGCAGAGGUCGGCGGCACAAUGUAAGUCGUUCUUGUCUCGGCCUGUGGAUUGUGGUUCUUUUAGAUGUAAACCUUUUGUUCCUUCUUUGCCUCCUCCUCCUCCACCUUCCCCUCCUAUUCCUGUACCUUCCCCUCCUCUUCCACCUGUUGUCCUUCCUUCUCCCUCUCCUCCACCUAUUUCUCCGCCUCCUCCGCCGCCACCAUCUCCACCUCCACCUCCUCCACCAUCACCAUCUCCUCCACCUCCACCUCCACCGGUCUACUCACCACCUCCCCCACCUCCUUCUCCCCCACCACCUUCACCACCGCCGCCAGUUUAUUCACCUCCACCACCACCGCCGCCGCCAGUUUACUCUCCACCACCACCUCCGCCUUCUCCGCCGCCUCCAUCGCCUCCCCCACCAUCCCCACCACCACCAUUGCUCUACCCACCUCCCCCACCACCAUCCCCUCCUCCCCCAUCACCUCCUCCCCCAUCACCUCCUCCGCCCUCACCAGUUCCAACUCCAUACUGUAUCCGUUCCCCACCACCACCGCCACCAAAUUCGCCACCGCCUCCGCCGCCUUUGAAUUCUCCACCCCCACCAACUCCUUACUAUUACAACUCACCCCCACCCCCGCACCAUUCACCCCCACCACCACAUCAUUCGCCGCCACCACCACACCACUCACCACCACCACCACCGCAUUCACCACCUCCACCAAUCUAUCCCUACGAGUCGCCACCACCUCCACCGCCUGUACAUUCUCCACCUCCCCCAGUUCAUCACUCACCUCCACCACCAUCACCGGUUCCCUGUAUAGAGCCACCUCCACCUCCACCUCCACCUCCACCUCCUCCGUGUGUAGAGUAUAUACCACCACCGCCACCUCCAGUAUAUCACUCUCCCCCACCGCCGGUUCAUGUCUUGCCUCCACCAUCACCAACUCCCCCACCACCGCCAGUAGUCCAUUACUACUCUCCUCCGCCAGUUCAUUAUAGCUCACCACCCCCACCACCGACAAUUGAGUAUCAUUCUCCACCACCACCUUCUCCUUCCCCGCCACCACCAACUCCUGUAUAUGAGGGGCCAUUGCCACCGAUCGUCGGAGUUUCAUAUGCUUCACCUCCGCCACCACCUUUCUAUUGAUUCUUUUGAGAAUUUUCCUCCUCUAACCUUUGCUCGACCAAAACAGAAUUUACAAUUAAAAUGGCGGUAAACAAUCUUCUUCUUCUUCUUCGUCUUUUUUUUUUUUUUUUUUUUUCCCCUUCCUUUCUUGUACUUGGGUCUCCGUCAACUCUUCUUUCUCUUCUGAGUUAUUCUCAUCGCUAUUGGAGGAAGAAUAAAAUGAUUGAAAAAAAAAAAAAGGGUCUUUGUGCAAUUCUUGGGAAAUCUAUCACACCGGCAACGGUCUCUCUGCGGAUUUCCAUUCAUUGUUUCGGGAAAACAGAGAAGAGUGAAAGCAAAGAGUGAGAGAGGUAAGAGGAGAAAAUCUCUCCCCCAUAUUUAUUUUAAUUGUUAUGGAUAUUUGAGUUGUGAAAAAUAAAAAAAAAUGGCAGAGAAAGAGUAGGUUGCAGAGAAUGUGUAUGUAUAGGCAUGAAUUUGGAGACCAUAAAUUCAGGGCUCUACAAAGAACAGCAAGCAAGCACCUUCUGAUGCUGCUGCUGUGGUUUGUGGGUUUUAUUUGUUAUAUGUCUUUUUUUUUUUCUUCCCCCCCUUUAUAUCAUACUUUUGUUUCUCUUUUUUCAAUUUUAUAGUGUAAUCAUGGAACAUUUUACUUGUAUUGAUUUUUAGAAUUCCAAAUUCUUCCUUUCUCUUCUA